CCAAAGCAGCAAAGCAUCUAGUAAUAGCAAGCAAACUAAGUAGCACCAACAGUUUCGUUUGUGGUUGAGAUCGAUGGAGGCCAGGGGUAGAGCCAUGCCGGCGGUUGCUGCCGCGGUUCUCGUGCUGCUAGUUCUCGUCCCGGAGGCAUGCCGGGCGGAGCGGUUCAUCGUCGGCGACACGGCCCGGUGGACAUGGGGCUACAACUACACCGAUUGGGUCGUUAAGAAGGGACCCUUCUUCCAGAACGACAUCCUUGUGUUCAGGUACGACCCGCCGAACACGACGACGCACGCACACAGCGUGUACAUGAUGAAGAACUUGGCGGACUACCAAUCGUGCAACCUCAACGCGUCCAAGCUGGUGGCCGACGUGAUGCAGGGCGCCGGAUCCGGCUUCGAGUUCGUCCUCAAGAAGCGCAAGAUGCACUACUUCGUCUGCGGCGAGCGCGGCGGCAUCCACUGCAACGCUGGCCAGAUGAAGUUCAUCGUCAAGCCCAAGAGUUCAGUCUGCCGCGACUGACCCGCGCCCCAGCUCUUGUGGUCGACCUUCUUCUGCAUGCCACCUUCUUUGUUGCUGCCGCUGGCUGAAAUCAUUUAUUAUGCUUGCUUCUAAGUUAUCAAUUGGUACAUUUAUAUGUGUCAUGUGGUGUAUCUGUGGUGCGUGAGACUGUUUAUGCAAGACUCGGUUGUGCAUGUGAAUUGUGGUGUGUGUUGUGUUACAAAUCGAAGGAGGGUGUAAUGAGAAAUGAGGGGCUAUGAGUAGCUAGCGUGUUCA